AUGUGGUGGCUAUUCAGCAUAUUUUUCAGCUCCAUCUUCCUCUUCAGCAUCGUUCUGUCAAUACCCGUCGCCUUCGAUGUUGGUGGCCGUGACAGUGGGCUGGCGUAUAGCCUGUCUCUCUUCAUCUACUACCUCGUCUAUUCAGCAGUCCGCAUUAUGACGCUAAGCAAGUCACGUCUCGGCCCGACCAUCUCCAACCUCCUCCGACUUUCACAGUGGGUAGUCAUCCCGUCGCUGCUUAUUUGGGCCUUGAGCCAGUUUGCCGUCGAUGCGGGAAGCACAAAUUGGGUUGAGAGGACCUUGGGCGGCAUCUUCCAGUCCAAAAGUGCAAGUUGGACCGAGUGGGUGUUUGGCAAAAAUGGUGUGUUGGAGACGGUGAUGUUGGGUAGCUGGGACAACAUUCUUCGAUAUUCUGGACCUGCGUUCCAGCUCCUUGAGGGCUUUUGCACCCUUCUUGUGAUUCAGGCGGCGGGUCAAAUUACUCGUUGGCUUGUGAACAGAGGCAGAAGUGACACCUGGGUGAUCAUCCUGUUGGCCUUCUCCGGCACCAUCAUCGCAAGUGCCGUGUAUUUCCUUUGGCGAGUUGCGCAGUUUCCGCAAAUCAGCAACUUGGAUGCAACUCUUAUCGGCGUAACUAUGACGACGGCUGUGUUUCUCUGUGCCUACGGCAUCGGAAGUGGCCGGGGCAACCCCAUUGAGAGCUCACUACUGUUUGCUUACGUGGUACUCUGCGUUUAUCAAAUUUUUACAGACUACCUGCCGUCUGAAGAAGUUGAGGACCAGGCUUCUUCACAGCCUGAGAUUCCGCCUUUGCCACCGGUCAUCAUGGCAUCGUAUUCAACCCUCGUACACAUGAUGGGUGCACUUCCGUCGGCUAUUCACUCCUCCCUGGCCCUUUUGUACGCAGCUUUCCAGACAAUUACGCCCUCGGUCAUCAUUUCCCUGGCAUAUCGACUUUUCGUCUUUUAUUCAGCGACGAGAAUCAUACCCUCGGUGCGGGAUCUCGGGGCACGUGCACUGAUGCAGGACCCCGAUUUCGAGGACUCAGAAACGGCCAACAAGGUGCUUGGGUUCCUGAGCUGGUUCUCACCGUCCAUACUGGUGUCGGUGUACACGAGCUUGCUAUUGCAACACUUUUCAACCAGCGACGGUCCCGAUGGUUGGACGCUGAGGGGUGGUGACGUUGGUGGCAGCACAUGGAGAUGGAUCAAUGUCGGCUUGACCAUGGUGCUAUAUGGCGUGGAGCUGUACCUGGGUACAGGAGAGCCUGACCAUUGGAAAGUUGAUUGA